AGCAACUACUGUCUUCUUUCAGGGAAGACAAGUAAAUAUAUAACAGGAGUACUACUCAUCUCUUAAAGCGGUUUACUUCUGCAUAACUUCCUUUGAUGACCCUUGGAAAGAUCCUGCAAUUCCAAAUCUACAAGACCAAGUGAAGCAAACUAUUCUCCCAAAUCCUUUAUAGUGGCUGUCAGUGAAUUCUCCCUCCACCUGGUGGCAGUUAAAGUCAUACCGGGGACCUCGCUGCAAGCUCUCUGGGACCACUCUGCAAAGAGCAAGUUCUUAGAUGUAAAAAAGUCAAGGCUGCUGUGAUCCUGAUGUUCAUAUUCCCUGGGUAGCAGAGACACUUAAAUGAUGCCUUGUGUGAAGACAGACGCAGUUCUUUUUUUCUUCAAGAACACAAGAGCAUGAUGCAGCAAAACCUAUCACCAAUGAAGUAAGAAGACGGACAACACUUGAUGAACACUCAGAUCUCUUAAGAGCCCCAGUAUAUUCUCUAACAUAGUAUCCAUUGUUUUGGAUGUGGUAGAGCAUUAAGUCAGGGGUUGUGAAGUUUGGGGAAGAUGGCCUGUGAAUUUAAUUUAAACUUCCUUAAGGAACUGGAGCGAGAGGCUGUUCUGGAAGUCCUGUACCGUGACCAGGUGGUGAGAAAAACAGAGGAAGAAAGAGUAAGGAAAUUGAAAAUGCAGCUGCACCAGCUUCGAUGGAAGGGGGCAAGAGAUGUAAACCAUGAAUACCAGGAGAGGUCUUGUGCUCGCUGCCAGAAAUCCCUUGGAUUGCUGCUGAACAGAGGAGCGGUGUGCAAUGGGUGCAGUCAUCGAGUGUGCUCUGAAUGCCGUGUCUGCCUGAAUCCCUCCAUUUGGAAGUGCACCGUUUGUUACGCUCAUGGAGAUUUGAAGGUAAAAGCUGGUGAAUGGUUCUUUGAGGAACGAGCAAAGAAAUAUCCAGAGGAAGGCAGACAUGAAACAGCUGGUGCGAAGCUUUUGAAAUCUUAUCAGAAACUGAGUAAAAUUUCUGUUGUACCUCCAACUCCUCCCCCUUACAACGAAUCCACAGCAGGAAGUAAUGUGAAGGAACUUGGACAGUCUAAAUGUUUUAAUAAAUCUGUGGAGAACUUGUUUUUGUCUCUCACAACACACAUAAAGAAGAUCUCUAAGUCCCAGAAUGAUAUGGCUGACAGAAGUCUGCUAACGACAGAUUAUGGGCAUAAUGUGGAAAGAAGGAAGCAAAGGAGGAGCCAGUCUGACACUGCCAUCAACAUUACAAGCAGGAAGAAAAGUACACCCAGCCUUCAAGAACUCUUCUACGGGGCUCAAAAUGAUAAUGAAGAUCUUAGCAAAAGGAAUUGCAAGCAAGAGGAAGACAUAGCAACCAGUCCUACAAGUGAUGCCGUUUUCUGUGAUGGCAGGAAACAUGGGAGUUUGUAUAGUCUUAACAGCACUUGCACUGAAUCCGGCAACUUUGGCAAAGCAAACGUCACAGGGGAAAUAGAGUUUGCCAUAAGAUACAUCUUCAAAGCUGGAAUCUUAGAAGUUUGCAUCAGGGGGUGCAAGAAUCUGGCUUAUGGAGAGGACAAGAAGAAAAAAUGUAAUCCGUAUGUCAAGGUUUAUUUACUUCCCGAUAAAUCUUCUCGGAGUAAGCGGAAGACAGCUGUCAAAAAGAACACGGUGGAUCCAGAAUUUGAUGAGACUUUGAAGUACAAGAUUGAGCGCUCCCAGCUGGGAAGUCGGCAGCUGCAGAUCUCUGUGUGGCACGCAGGAGCACUCAAGUACAGGGUGUUUUUGGGGGAAGUGGUGAUUCCGCUGGCAGCGUGGAGUUUUGAAGACAGCUCGAUGGAGGCGUUCAGCUGGUACCAGCUCCAGUCCAAGCAUGAAAAGCCUGAAGAGAAUCUUAUUCAAUACAGCGGAGAACUCCUGGUGUCUGCAAGAUUGUCGGUACCAGCCCAGCAUAAAAAUCUCCAGUCUGAAAGGUGGAUGACAGAAGGAAAAAGAGAUCAAGAAUUUUCCAACUGCCAGCUUCAGGUUAUGAUAUUUGGGGCCAGGAAUUUGCCUGCACCGAGAUCUGCUGGAGCGCUGAACUCGUUUGUUAAAGGCUGCCUUAUCUUUUCAGACCAAACAGAGCUAAAGCAAAAGUCACCUGUGGCGAAGAAAGAAGACUGUCCCCAGUGGAAACACUUGUUUGUCUUUGAUGUUACCCCAGCUCAGCUCCAGCAGUCAUGUCUACACCUCACUGUCUGGGACCAGUCAACUUUUGGCUCACGUGGUCAGUUCCUAGGGGGAGCCAAGCUUGGUGCAAAGCAAUCACUUGGCUUUACAGACCCCAUUUCUCCACCGAUGUUUCAGUGGGAGGAAGUGUUCCGCAGGCCAAACACGUGGGUGGACUUUACACUUAUACUGCAUUCGAAUAUGGAGAACUUUAAGUCAUGAAGAUAAUGGCCUGCCUUCCCUUCUCAGUGGGUGAUAGUUGGAGUUGGACUAAUGCAUAUAUACAUGUUCGAAGCAUGGAGAAAGGGUACACAACAGAACCUGCUCCUGGGUUUGGGGGAUUGAGUUCUAAGUUUGAACAGUUGAAAUCUAAAGCUUUGUUAUCUAUCUUAUACUUCACCUAGAGAUAAAGGUUAAUAUUGUUUCUCAGGAGUAACAAACUGAGAGGCAUCAUGCUGAGAAGGCACUAGCAGACAGAUGGUAUGCAGCCUUCUCCUUUUGGAUAUAGAGCUACAGUUGUUCAAACACAGAUAAGGAAUAUUGCAUAGAGAUAAAUAAUUAUUUUCUUAUUAAAAAGAGAAGUUAUCAUUUCACUCCUAUUUUCAUGCUUUUGUGACCAGAGGGAAAUGAAAACUACCUCAUCUCUCACAGCUUUCUAUAUCUUAGCAAUCCUUCAGAGCCAUCUCCUGUGCCCAUGCUACUGAUCUAAAGACAAUUUGGCCUGCAUGCCUCACAGCUUCCUCCUGUGUGCUCUACUAACCAGCUAGUUAUAAAUUCUCCUGUGGUAGGAGGAGUGUGGCACAUCAGCUAAUGGAAUAAAUGCGGUUAGAGGAAGUUCCUUGUUUUUUCUUACCAGCAGCUGCUGUGGAGCAGUGUUAGCAAGUCAGACGGAUCCAUAUGGUGUAUGGCACAGCUCAGCUUAUCACUUAUUCAUGUGAACUGGUGGAAAUGCACGCUCAAGGCUCAGCCACCCCUUUCUCUUCCCUUUGCCUCCAGCAAUGCAGUGUUAGCUCAGAAACCUCAUCUAUACAGCUGUCAUUGGUGCUGCUGUUACAUACCUCUCCCUUGGGACUGGGGUGAAGACAGUCACCGUUUGUCAUUACAGCAGCUCAGCGGAGUUUAGGACAUAACAAUGAAGGGAAGCACACGCUCACAAACUACAAUACGCUCUUACUCAUGAAACACUGGACUCCAAAUCCUUUGCUACUUUGCAGAUCUUUUAUUUAGAUGUUCGCUGCUGCAAAUAAAAAAAAACAAAACCACAACACCACACAAAAAGAUUCAACUUGAGUAUAAAGCAGCACAGAUGUUGUACGUGGAAGAGAAGAGCAGAGCUGACAGCAGGCUGUAUCUUGCUUCCUAACAGAUUUACAAGGAAAGGGGUGGGGGGAGAUUAGUGGGGAAGAAGGAAUGGUCACAGAAAUGCUCUCUAAUAGAGAGCUACACCUGUGAGAUAAACAAGCAGUCCCUUCAUGUUUGGAGUCUGACACUUUUAAAUCAAACAUUUAAAAAAUUAGAAAAUUUGUUAGAAAAAUAGGUGAAGUAAAAUUGUAUCUAUUGGAUCCCGUGUACGUAGUAAUUACCAUUGAGUAAAAAAAAUGAUCUUUACAAAUAAUGCUUUAUAGUAAAUAAUCAGGUGUACUGCAGACUACAGUGGUCAGGCGUCUUUACAGAUGUGAGUCAUUAAAUCUGAAAAGUAACAAAAUAUACAGAGCAAAAC